AUGAUGGCGUCUGCCUCCGAGUUGAGUCUUGAAUGCAAACCCCAUAGCUACUCCAUGCUCUUGAAAACAAUCGGCGAUCAACAAUUAAGCAACACCCAUGAUCAAACUCAAAAGAUCGAAGAGUUCCUCUCGCGUCUUGAGGAAGAACGACUCAAGAUCGAUGCUUUUAAGCGCGAACUUCCCCUUUGCAUGCAACUCCUCACCAAUGCGAUGGAGACAUCGAGGCAACAAUUACAAACAUACCGUGCGAAUCAGGGUUCACCGGUGUUGGAAGAAUUCAUACCCUUGAAGAAUUCGAACCCUGAAGGACCGGAAAAGAUGGCACUUUCGAGCGUCUCUGAUAACAAGGCGAAUUGGAUGACCUCUGCCCAAUUGUGGAGUCAGGCUAGCAGUACCACCACCACCACCACCAACGCCACUGCCACGGCCGGCACCACCACUGAUACAAAAAUAACGCAAAAUUCAACUGUUUUUACAACAACAGCAAAUGAAACCGAUAUCAGUUUCAAUGCGAAUAAGCAAAGAAACAACGGAGCGUUUCUUCCAUUCUCGAAGGAGAGAAACCCAUCCUGCCCGACUCCGGCUUUAACGUUGCCGGAUUUGGCACUUGCUUCUGGUGAUAAAGAUGAUCAUGAAGAUAACAAGAGUUGUUUGAGGGAGAACAGUUCUAUCAAAGGCGGUAAUGGUGAUAUUUCCGAUAACCAAACCAUCACCACCACCACCACCGCCGCCGGAGCCACCACGAGUUCGCAGACUCAUAGGAAAACAAGGCGGUGCUGGUCGCCGGACCUCCACCGGAGAUUUGUCAAUGCUCUUCAGAUGUUAGGUGGUUCUCAAGUUGCCACUCCUAAACAAAUCAGAGAGCUCAUGAAGGUUGAUGGUUUGACCAAUGAUGAAGUCAAAAGCCAUUUGCAGAAAUACAGACUUCACACAAGAAGACCAAGUCCAAGCCCACAAUCCGCCGGCAACGCAGCACCGCAGCUGGUGGUCCUCGGCGGUAUAUGGGUGCCACCGGAAUACGCCACCGCUGCCGGAGCACAAACCCUCUACACCACCCACCCCAACGCCACCACCACCAACACACAUUACUGUACACAACAACUCCCCCAAGACUUCUACCCUACCCCCGUCCUACCACCACCACAACCACCGCACCACCACCACCACCACCAUAAUACCACCACCACCACCAACCUCCACCACCAGCUCCACCACAUGUAUAAACCCUCCUCCCACACUACCCAGAGCCAGCCGGACUCCAACGGCCGCGGCGGCACCACCACCACCACCACCGGCGGUGGCAACCGGUCGGAGAGCAUCGAGGAUGGGAAGUCGGAGAGCGGCGGCAGCUGGAAGGCGGACAGUGGUGGAGAAACGAAGGCGUUGAUUUUGAGGGACGAAUGUGAAGAAAGCAAUGGGAGUGAGAUAACACUCAAAUUCUGA